UUUUUAAAUAAUAUGUUUUAUAGGAACAAAUGAAAUAACAUCAAAUUUUGAUAUAUUGUAAUGAGACAAAACGGAGCGUCCAAAUGCGUGGCGCGCUCUAGUUUGCACAUUACCCUCAAGCAAUAUUGAUCGCCGCCGUGCGAUAUCGAUUACGCGACGGAGCGCAACUACAACUAGAAAAUACAGAUAGCGCAGGUCGGCAUGGCAGUUUUAUGAAAGCAUGCCGCCCGCCGGAAAACAUGAGUUUCCGAAUGAAAUAUUAAAGCUAGAAAAAAGCCAAGCACAUAUUCGAAAUCAGCAGAAAACGUACAAUAAGAUUAAUAUUAUCAAAUAUCAUAAACUAAUACUGGAAAAUCAGGAACACGUGAAACAUCAAAUAAAAUUGUGCACGGGACCAGCGAGCUUCGAAUAGCAUAAAUACAGGCCGCUGGCCGCCGUCCAGACAAGACCAUCUUCCCCGCUGCGAGGAAAGAACAGUAAGCCGGACAAUAAAAAUAUUGCCAAGAACGGAUACUGAUCCCACUCGACCAACAGCAACUUGCCCCAGGACUGAAUAAGCCGGACGAUACGCGUAUCGUCAAGAACGGAUAUUCGUAAAUAGUCUGACCUGGGGGUCGAUUCUUGAAUCUCGUUAGGAAAAUCACUCAUGAGACAUUUUCCGUACUGUUAUGUCGUACGACAUCUGAAAUGCCUAUUCUUGAACUACACACGACAUAAUAUGAUUGUGAAACGAAAUUAUUUUGUCACACACGAAAUAUUUUUCACAUGAACCAAGUUGGUUACUAACCCUAUCAUGAUUAUAAUAAAUAAUAAUUGUGAUAACACCACCGGUAUGGCGGUAUUUUGAUUAAAUGAUUGUUAUCGAUGUAUCGUAAUUCGUAGUAUAGUAUGGUUACUAAAGUUUUUAUAAUUCUAUACCUAGUUUUAUAAGUUUGUAUAUAUGAUGUAAACUUAUACUUACUGUUAAACAGAGUUACAACUUACAAGUACAAGUUUAUAAAGUAGGUACAAUAAUUUGUUUUUUUAAUGGAAGACUCCAAAAAAAUAUAUUGUUCAAAAACACAAAAAGAGAUGCUCAUCCAACUUCUGACAAAAGAUCCACAAUUGAUUUCUGGGAAGUUUACAAGCACUUUCACGUUUAAAGAUGCUCGUAACAGAUGGAUUGAAAUCGCCGACACUUUAAAUGCAAUUCCCGGCUGUGUCAAGGAUUGGAGUCAAUGGAAAAGAGUAAGAAAUAAUUUAAAUUACUUCUACAUAAAUCUAACUAUAGGAAAUAAUCUAUACCCCUUAUUCUUAUUGUUAUUUUAUCUUAAGACUUGGCAAGAUUCACGUACUAAGGUUAGAAGUAAAAAAGCUAUGGUAAACAGACAUGUAAGUAGUACAGGAGGAGGACCACAAAUAUCGCAAACACUUACUCCAAUCGAGAACCAAAUUCUUGAUCUUGUUAAUCCUAUCACAAUUGAUGGAGAUGAGACCAUUUCAAUGCCAGUUACUAAUUUUGAGUUUGGUGACAUAAGCAAAUUACCGAUACAAAUUGAAUGUGUAAGUCCGGAUGAAGGAAUUAGUAUGUAUACUUUACCUACCAUGCAGCCUGUAGAGGAAAAUAACUGUGCUAUAACGCCUAUAACCAUUGAUAGAGUGGAAAAAAAAUGUAUGUAUUAG